UAUAAAAAAAUGUGAGUUGUUGGGGAGAAGACAUUAACUUGACUCCUGAUCACAGUCAGGUUCCAGCAUCUUGUUCUUGAAGAGACUGUCCCCAUGGCGACGAUGUUGACUGUCCUUAUCCUACUCGGCAUUGCCUUUGCAUACCUGUCCUUUUCAGGUAACAGGACCCUGGAACCCCCAUCAUCUGGAACCGAGGAGCCGUCCUUCUCAGGUGACAGGACCCUGGAACCCCCAUCAUCUGGAACCGAGGAGCCGUCCUUCUCAGGUGACAGGACCCUGGAACCACCAUCAUCUGGAACCGAGGAGCCGUCCUUUUCAGGUAACAGGACCCUGGAACCCCCAUCAUCUGGAACCGAGGAGCCGUCCUUCUCAGGUGACAGGACCCUGGAACCAUCAUCAUCUGGAACCGAGGAGCCGUCCUUUUCAGGUAACAGGACCCUGGAACCCCCAUCAUCUGGAACCGAGGAGCCAUCCUACUCAGGUGACAGGACCCUUGAACCCCCAUCAUCUGGAACUGAGGAGCCAUCCUACUCAGGUGACAGGACCCUGGAACCCCCAUCAUCUGGAACCGAGGAGCCGUCUUUCUCAGGUGACAGGACCCUGGAACCACCAUCAUCUGGAACCGAGGAGCCGUCCUUCUCAGGUGACAGGACCCUGGAACCACCAUCUUCUGGAACCGAGGAGCCGUCCUUCUCAGGUGACAUGACCCUGGAACCUCCAUCAUCUGGAACCGAGGAGCCGUCCUUCUCAGGUGACAGGACCCUGGAACCACCAUCAUCUGGAACCGAGGAGCCGUCCUUCUCAGGUGACAGGGCCCUGGAACCACCAUCAUCUGGAACCGAGGAGCCGUCUUUCUCAGGUGACAGGACCCUGGAACCCCCAUCAUCUGGAACCGAGGAGCCGUCCUUCUCAGGUGACAGGACCCUGGAACCACCAUCAUCUGGAACCGAGGAGCCGUCCUUCUCAGGUGACAGGGCCCUGGAACCACCAUCAUCUGGAACCGAGGAGCCGUCUUUCUCAGGUGACAGGACCCUGGAACCCCCAUCAUCUGGAACCGAGGAGCCGUCUUUCUCAGGUGACAGGACCCUGGAACCACCAUCAUCUGGAACCGAGGAGCCGUCUUUCUCAGGUGACAGGACCCUGGAACCACCAUCAUCUGAAACCGAGGAGCCGUCCUACGGAGUGUGAGAAGAUCAUGAACAGCAAUGGGAGAGUUGAUAAUAUUGAUUACCAUGAUGUUGACCAGGGUAUUUUUUUUUUACAUGUAUAUUACAGUGCCAUUUCAGACACAGCCUGAGAGGGAAAAGUACAGCAAUUGUUUGUCAGAUUUAAUUAGCAUAAUUAGCAUUGUUAACUUUUCUGCUAUCCUGUCUAGUAACGUUCCAUAACUAUGUAGACAGUAAGGCCUUAUAUGCUGUGGUGUGUCUUUCAUUGAAGCUUUCAUUUCCUCUGUGCUGACUGUCAUUAGCAGACCUGGGCUCAAACAUACUAUCUGAAAUCUUCCAAAUACUUUGAGUGUUUUAUCUAGCCUGUCUGAAGUGCUGGAUGGGCAGUGUUUGCAGUUUUGGGACAAUUGUAUUUGUCCAUUAUACCAUGCAGGCUCAUUCAAGCACAGAUUAAGUAUUUGUAAUGAUUUCAAAUAGUAUUUUAACCAGGUCUGGACAUAAGAAAAUAUUACAUAACAUAUACAUGUAAGAUCCUGUUUUUGUUAUUUUAUCCCUCUCUACUUUACACAGGGCAGGAGGCCUUCCAGGCUUCUGGUCUAGCAGAUGUCAGAGACCUCUGUAGUACCACUUCAUACAGUUUUUGACUCUUUCUAUCUUCUGUUUCAUCGUCUAAACCCUGUGUCCCAUCAUGUAGUUGCUUUGGAGGCAUUCUGUCAAGGAAUAAAUCUAUAUGAUCAAGAUCAUCUUGUACUAGUUGCAAGGUCCCUCCUGGGAAGGUGGGUGACGUCAUUUGUUUUUCGUUGUUUCUCUCUUUGCAAUUCUGUCACUAUUGUGAAAGUUGUUUUAGACUUAAAGUAUAUAGCCCAAUUGACAAGUACUGCAUGACUGUGCCACCAGUGGACGCUGCUAAGGGGAGGACGGCUCAUAAUAAUGGCUGGAAUGGAGUCAAUGGAAUGCUAUCAAAUGUGGUUGAUACCAUUCCAAUGACUCCAUCCCAGGCAUUACUAUGAGCCGUCCUCCCCACAGCAGCCUCCACUGUGUGCCACACAUUGUAAUUGAUAUACAGUAUGUUUGCCACGGUUAUACAGUGUAAGAUUAAGUAGUGUAUGGUUCCAACUUGUAUAGAUCACGGUAACAUAUAAUGUACAUAUAAUGUAUAACAUAAUAUCAAUAUUAUGUUUGCGUUUUCUCUAGGCAAUGUUAAUAUACUGUACUUCUUCAUAUUGCAAUUGGUGAACCAGAACUGCGUGUGUGCGUGUGUAUGCAUAUGUAUUGCUUGAUUAGGACAAGCAAUACAAACGCAAAAGUGUACUUCUCUUGAGACGAGUAUGAUGAAGAGAGGGAAAAAAGAGUUGUCGAGUUGCAUAAACUCCCAGGCUUUGGGGAAGUGUUGCUACUAUUAAAUAAAGAAGAGAUGAUUAAUG